UGUUCCCAACAAACUCAUGUUUCAUUCUUCCUCUAUGUUUUGACCGUUGCUUUUCUCAACGUCUCUCUCUCUCUCUCUCUCUCUCUCUGAAUCAAAGCUCCAUCUUGUUCCCUCCCGCUGUCGCCAGAUUAAAUUUUGAGGAUAUAUAGAAGAAAGUUAUUUGAUUUCAUUUGAAAUGCAAGGCUGAGAUAUAUAAAUUUGUAGGGUUUUAAAGUAUAAAGAUGGGGUGUUCUCAAUCAAGGUUAGAUGAUGAAGAAGCAGUUAAGCUUUGUAAAGAUAGAAAAAGAUUCAUAAAAGAAGCUGUUGAGUUUAGAACUCAAUUUGCAACUGGACAUAUAGCAUACAUUCAGUCUCUAAAAAGAGUAUCAGCUGCUUUGCUUGAUUAUUUUGAAGGAGAUGAAGCACUUGAGUUUUCAUUGGAUUCAUUCAUGACACCGCCUUCCAAGAAGAAAACUAGUCCUGCAUUCAUUCCGAUAUCGAAAAGUUCUUCAUUCGGUCCAACAGUGAUUGAGUUUGGACCAGAUACUACAACUUUGAAAGUUAAUUACUUAAGGCCGAGUGGUAAUCCACCAAUUUUGGUUGAGGAAAGGCCUCCAUCACCCGAAAUGGUUCGAAUCGAAACAUAUUCUCCAAUGCACCAAUAUGAUGUUGAUGGUUUUUUCGCUAUGCAAUCGCCGCCUGUGAAUGCUUCGAUUUUUGCUUAUUCUCCUAAUAAUAAUAGGCCUAUUAUUCCUCCUCCUCCACCUCAGUCUUCUCAGUGGGAUUCUUUGUGGAACCUGUUUUCGUCGUUGGACAAUUAUGGUUACCCUACUCAAAGUACCUAUGAUCAGAUUGUAAUGGAUGAUGAGAACCGAGGACUGAGGCAGGUUCGCGAAGAAGAAGGAAUACCAGACUUGGAAUCGGAGGAAGUAAAUACUGAACAAGAAGGUUUUGUUGUAAAGAGAAAUGUAGCAGAAGAAGAAAACAAAAUUGAUGUAAACUCCUCUAAAGAAGAAGUCAUGGUUGAAGAUGUUGAUGAACAUGAGGAAGAAGAGGAAAAGAAUGAGGAUGGAACAGAUGUUAAAACCGAAACUGCAAAAGAUAUAUCAGACUCACAAGGCAAUGGCAGUGAGUGUUUUCAAGUAUCAAAAGCUCAAACUGCUGGUCACAUGGAAUCCAUCCAUAAAGAAAUGGCAAUUGAUAAUCAAGAAGGUGAGGAAGAAACGCCUGGUUUUACGGUUUACGUGAACCGAAGGCCGGGAAAUAUGGCAGAAGUUAUAAGGGAUCUUGAAGCUCAAUUCACAGUUAUAUUCAAUGCAGCCAAUGCUGUCUCAGCAUUGUUAGAGGCCAAGAAAUCCCAAUAUUUAUCCAAUUCUAAGGAACUGUCAGCAUCAAAAUUGUUGAACCCGGUAGCUCUUUUUCGCUCAGCUUCUCAUCGCUCGCCCUCAUCGAAAAUUAUAACAAAUUCUUCAAUCACUAGGGAUGAAGGUUAUUAUGAUGGCAUCGAUGAUCCAUCGGAAGAACAUUGUGUGUUUUCUGUUAGUCACCAGUCAACAUUAGACAGGCUAUAUGCAUGGGAGAAGAAGCUCUAUGAGGAAGUUAGGUCUGGAGAACGUGCUCGACUUGCAUACGAGAAGAAAUGUCUGCAACUAAGGAACCAUGAUGUAAAAGGAGAGGAACCCUCUUCUGUGGAUAAAACAAGAGCAGCGAUUAGAGAUCUACAUACACAAAUAACAGUUUCAUUACACUCAGUUGAAUCUAUUUCAAGGAGAAUUGAAACUUUAAGGGAUGAAGAGUUGCACCCCCAACUUCUUGAAUUGAUGCUAGGGCUAGCAAAGAUGUGGAAAGUGAUGGCAGAAUGCCAUCAGACACAGAAGCAAACCUUAGACGAAGCCAAGAUUAUUCUAGCCACCGUUCUUGAUGCCAGAAAGCAGUCUCCCAUGGCAAUAAUUGAUCCAAUCAGGUUCGCACGCUCAGCCUCUAAUCUUGAAACUGAGUUAAGGAACUGGCGAAACACAUUCGAAGUAUGGAUCACUUCUCAGAGAUCCUACAUUCAUGCUCUAACUGGAUGGCUUCUCCGGUGUAUGACAUGCGAGCCUGAUGCAUCAAAGUUAGUAUGCUCUCCUCGAAGGUCGAGCUGUACUCAACCUUUGUUUGGACUUUGUGUUCAGUGGUCAAGACGUCUAGACGGCGUACAAGAAGCAGCUGUGCUUGAUGGCAUCGACUUUUUAGCAGACGGAUUAGGGUCCUUUCAUGCGCAACAACAAAGAGAAGAUAAUGUGCAAAAUACGACAAUUGGAUCCAAAGAAAAUAUGGAUAUGGUGGAAGUUGGUCAGGUAGGAGGAGAAUUGGCAAUGAGUAGCGAGAAAUUGGGAGAGGUUGGUAUUAAGGUACUUUGUGGUGGAAUGUCAAGUGUUAUGAACUCAAUGGCAGAGUUUGCUAUUAGUUCUGCUAAGGGAUACAAUGAACUUAUUAAACAAUGGGAAAGUGUUAAGUUGCAUAAAACUUGUGAGGCUGAAAAAUGAAUACAAAUGAUUUUUACUAUUUUAGUUAGCUGGUUAGUUAUUUUAAGGGUAGGUUUAGAUGGAGGGAAAG